ACAGUGACGACUCGAAUAUGAUUGCUUCGCUCAUCGGGGCUUCACUCACGUCUAUGACGUAACGGUCGCCAAGGUUACAGGGUCUCAAUUCCCCGCGCGGGAAUUUGUUAUUGAUAUGGAGCCUGUUGGCAAUGCUGAGUAACUUGUGAUAUGGACGCUUUUCUUCUCUUCAGUUUCUAAAGAUGUUGAUCAAUAAGUGAAGCAGUGAAUUCAGCUGGUUCUUUUGUCACACAAAGGAAAUGGACACAGAAAACGGAGUAAGUGCCGAAAAGUUUACCGCUUCCCUGGCGAAAGCAAGCGAGAAAGCAGUGGCAUAUCUGGGUAGUGUAGGUAAGCGAUCAAAGUUUGGGCUAAGUAGCACUUGCCCUUGCAUUAUUUUGACGAUGUUAUUGUCUGUUGUAAGUUUUGAUAGUUUUGAAAUUGCGUUUACCAUCGAAAUAGGUGAAAUGACAAUAACUGUGGAAAACACUAUGUGGAGAGGAGAGCCUUGUUAUCUUGUUCAUGCUAACAGUCAUGGGUCUAUAGACCAAGUACCUAUUGGGACAUCAGUAACAGCUUAUGUCGGAAGAUCUCUUCAGACAUUUGAACAAACCCAUUAUGAAUAUGUCAAGAUACCGGAUAACCCUCUGGAUAAAAAGACUCUUAUUGUACUGGAUGAGGAUGGAACAUACUCUGUGAAGAAGACUGAAUCACAAGGAGAUGAAAUGCAGAGAACUGACAAAUAUUUCAAAAAAGAAUUAUUCCAGGGUUUUAUAUCUGAAGGUUCUAAUCUGUUGCUACAGAGAAUCAUGGUAAAAAGAGGAGUUCCCGAGGACAUGACAUUUGUUGCAUUUGACUCAACAACUAGUCUGUGUACUUCAUCUUAUAAAAUGCUUGGCAAGUCAGAGAGGAGAAUUGGUUUGCAACAAGUUCAUGCGGUGGGACUGAAUCGUACGAUUCAUUCAGUUGAGGAGUCGCCUACCACUUGGGAAUCGUACUUCUUGUCGACAGGGCAUCUCGCAAGUCGAACACAGCUGGGUUCUGGGGUGACCAUGACCUUGUCAAGAAUUCCAGAGGAACAUCAGAUUACAAAUACAGACUUAUCAGAAGAGACAACAGAAGUUAAACCACUCAAAUGGGAAGAAGAUAUGCAACUAUUUUCGCGUUUUUUAGACCGAAAGGCGGAGUUGGCUGACGAUCACGCAACCUACAUGAGAAGGCAUCCAGAGCUGCGGGCUCUCCUUGCCGACUUUCUGCAAUUCUUACUGCUUCGAAAACCUGAUGACGUCACCGGCUUCGCCUCUGAGUUUUUUGGCGCGUUUUCUACAGCCGCGCCCUCUGUACCUUCAUUCGCUCGCUCUUCUCCAGGUCCUGCGCGACCUUCCUCUAUGCCUUGAGGACUUUGAGAUACUUGGCCUCAUGCAGUCCUUCCUCACAUCCCCUUCAGACAAGCAGCUUCAGUCAAUAUUGUACAUGAUACGAAAAGAGAAUUCAUAUAGUUUAAGUUACAAUGUUUUCCUUACCUCAUGAAAUUUUUGUUAGUGUGUUCUCGGUGGUGAUUUUAGCAGUUGAUCAGCUCAAAUAUGGGUGAGAAGCGUUAAGUAGUCAUUUGUCUCUAAUUAAAGGAUUCAUGGCUCACCAA